CACUGUGUGCAGUCAAUGAGAUGGCAUCACGCCCUGUGGCUGUCACUGGGCACCGUCAUCCCCAUCCCUCCCACACCUCAUCACUCCAUCCCCCAGACUCUUCCUGCAUUCCUCCAGUCUGUGUCAUCACUGAGGUUUCAUCAGAAGAGCUUGUGGAUGUCUCUGGAGGAGAUUCCCCCCAAUCCCUGCACCAUGAAGACCCCCCUGAUCCUCCUGAUAUCUCUGACCACCCUCUACACAGCUACAGGGGGCGGAGGUCUGGAGACUCCCCAUCUAUAUGCAGAGAUCGGCUCAUCUGUGUCCUUUCCUGGAGUAAAGAUCGAUAAUUACACGGUUUAUGACUUAAGUGGCGCCAAUGGAGCCGUUGUAGUGGCAUGUCAUGGUGGCUGCAAGGUACGGGAUCCGUACACCCAACGGGGUCACUUCUACCAACACAAUGGGACAUUUCUGCUGACUCGGCUAAGAAAGGAGGACAGCGGGAUCUUUGAGUACACAGUGAACUUCACCUCGAAGGGACAGAUCCAUCUCUGGGUGAUGGCUCCAGUAAUGGACCCGAUCUUGGAACAGGAAGCGAGAGAAAACGGAACCCGAUGCUCGGUCACCGUCACAUGCCAAGCCAAGGGUGACGGUCCGCUCAGCUUCACAAUUCUAAGGAACGAUAAGAUUUUACAUAAUGUCACCGUCACAGACGACUCCGCCUCCCUGUCUGUGGAUGGGAGGGAUCCAGAGAUGUCCGGUAUAUUCUCCUGUGUGGUGAGAAAUGCGGUCAGCUCCGAGACAUCUCCAUCUAUUGUAUUCCUACCACCAGUAAAACCUUGGCAGACGGAAAUGGUGCUCGUUGCCAUUGGCUUGUUUCUUCAGUGGGGCGUGACCAUGCUCUACAGCCUAUUAGAGAUAUGUUUACCCAAAUGCAGGAAGUCCAACCGGGGACAGUUUCGGCAAAUGAAUGGCAAUAAAGAUGAAGUGGUCCAGGACUCUGGAACGCCCAGCCUCUGCAGCGAAGUCCUCACUACGGCGGACAAUCUUCUGGGGUUCAUCAAGGAGUCUCUUGCGGUGGCCAUCUCUGUGUUUGGAUGUAUAAUCCCAUGGUGGUGUUGGGUGAUACCGGCAUUUUUCUUCUUGUGUCGGACGAUGCACUGGAUAAUCCAGUUGGUAAACCGUUGUAGGAAAACACGUGAGAAGAUCUCCUUCUUCUUCGUGAAAGUCUUUUGUGCCGUGGCCAUAGGCAUCUCCAGCGUAUUGGGAGUUCCCACGUUCUGUAUUGCCGUCUUAGUGAUCUUCUACUUACACCAUUCCUGCCCCUGUCCCUGUGGAAUGACGUCCAAAUGGCCUCUUUAUGUAUCCAUUGUGCCGAUUGCCUUCGUUAUAUUGUGUAUCAUCUCCUACUUGUACGUAAAACAAAAAGCCAAGGCUAAAAGAAAAAAGCAAAGCCAACCUGAAGAUGUCAAGACUCAACUACAAACCGUGUUUACCAGCAAUUUCCCUGAUGGAGGACAACCAGAGGAGAACGGGAACCCUGAUUGUGAGGAACGUGAGCCUGGAGUGAUUGUAGCCAUUCCAAAUGGCGAUGUGGAAAAUCCAGAGCAAGGAGCGAGCUGUGAGAACUCAACUGAGGAAGCCCCAGAAGACCACUUGAUCCCGAAACCCAAAGAAGGCCAAUCACAGGGGUCCGUAGAGAUCCCAUGUAAGAGUCACUUGGGAGAAGCUCCAAACCACGAGGAUCCUGAUGGCACCGAGGACACAGAGGGACAAUGCUUACUGACUGUGCCAUCCGAGGUGGUGGCCUUGGACAAGGAUCGAGUAGCGAAUGGUUAACGAACAUUGAGGGGUUUUUAUUUUCAGGUCAAUUCCAAGUGGAAUCAUUCUAAACCUUCACCGGGUAAUAUUCCAGCUCUGCAGCUUGUUCAGAGACUUCAGAAGGAAGGUAAACCUGGUGAAGAAGAGUAGAAACGGGACGAGAAAAUACUGUAUGUGUGAUGUGAUGUACAAUACGUUGUGUAUGAACCCCAACCUGUAUACUGAUACCGGUGCUGUUAUGGCUUCCGCUGCCAUGGCUACUGUGGCUAUUAUGGUUGGAGGAAGGAAAAGAAGUCCAAAGAACCACACACCACACAAAACCCUCAUGUAAAGAGUGGAAGCACCCUUAUGCCUCGUACCCACGACCUGCGAGUCGGCGCUAUUCGGUGCCUGCGCCC